GAGGCCCAGAGAAAGAGAGGACAGAAAGAGAGAGAGAGAGAGGGUGAGGAAAAGCCACCCCCGUGGCCGGGGCUCCGAGGGCUGAGCAGCAUGUGGGAACUCCGAUCCAUAGCCUUCUCCCGGGCCGUGCUGGCCGAGUUCCUGGCCACGCUCCUUUUCGUUUUCUUCGGCCUUGGCUCAGCCCUCCAGUGGGCCAGCUCCCCACCCUCUGUGCUCCAGAUCGCCGUGGCCUUUGGCCUGGGCAUUGGCACCUUGGUUCAGGCUCUGGGCCACGUCAGCGGGGCCCACAUCAACCCUGCUGUGACCGUGGCCUGCCUCGUGGGCUGCCAUGUCUCCUUCCUUCGAGCGGCUUUCUAUGUGGCUGCCCAGCUGCUGGGGGCUGUGGCCGGGGCGGCAAUCCUCCAUGAGAUUACUCCGGUAGAAAUCCGCGGGGACCUGGCUGUCAACGCUCUCCACAACAAUGCGACAGCAGGCCAGGCGGUGACGGUGGAGCUCUUCCUGACCAUGCAGCUGGUGCUCUGCAUCUUCGCCUCCACAGACGAGCGACGCAGUGACAACCUGGGCAGUCCCGCUCUCUCCAUCGGUUUCUCUGUCACCCUGGGCCACCUCCUUGGGAUCUACUUCACUGGCUGCUCCAUGAACCCAGCCCGCUCCCUGGCUCCCGCAGUCGUCACUGGCAAGUUUGAUGACCAC